CCGAUAAAGAACUUCAAGACGGUGUGAUUGUUGUCCAUCCUGCGAGCCCGCUGUAUGAAUGCAUCACCCGUUCCCCUCAUCGAUGCUGUGGAGACCAGUGAAGCAUAUUUAAAUCUCACAUCCCCAUCAUGUCUGCAGACGACCAGGCUUUUCUGGACGUGUUAUCAUCCCUGCCAAACGACAUCCGGAGAUAUUCGAGCGAUGUGGCCGACUUUGUUGACCGACACGUCGACCAAAUAGCAGAAACACUAAGAGAGGCACUCGCUUCGUCGCCAUGGCUGCCCAAACAAUUACGGCCACGGCCGCCCCCGCCUGCCCCGGUUGUUGUUCUGCCGACAUCCGCCCUGGAGCGAGCCCAGAACUGGAUCGCGAAACACAAGAUCUUGGUGGGCUUCAUAGUUCUGGCUACCGGCGCCGUGGCCUACCGGUCAUACAGGAGCAGUGCGCUGUGGCGUAAAUCGCGUCGCGCCAAACGGGCACGCAGCGGAGGACGGAUGGAGGUGGUCGUCAUCGCCGGGUCUCCAGCACUGCCCCUGACGCGAUCACUAUCGUUGGACUUGGAGAGGAAGGGCUUUAUAGUCUUCAUCGUCGCCGGCAGCCAUGAGGAUGAAAGCAUGAUCCAGAACCUGUCGCGGCCCGACAUAAGGCCGUUAAGCAUCGACAUCACUGAUCCCCCGAGCGCCGGUAACUCCAUCGAGCAUUUCGCGCGCUAUCUCCAGGCGCCGCACGCCGCCAUUCCCAAUGGCAAGCGGCAUCAUCUCUCAUUAAAGGCCGUGAUUCUCAUCCCAUCGCUCAAUUACCAAACUUCUCCAAUCGCCACCAUACCCCCAUCGAGCUUUGCCGAUCUCUUCAACACCCAUCUACUUCAGCCGAUCCUCACCAUCCAAGCCUUCCUCCCGCUCCUCACCGCGCGUCUGAGCCCCGCCGACAGAGAACGGCCAAACCCCAAAGUCCUCGUCUGCACUCCGUCCAUCAUCUCGUCCAUAAACCCGCCCUUCCACGCCCCGGAGGCGACAGUAUGCUCGGCCCUCUCGGCCUUCACCGAGGUCCUCGCGGCGGAGCUGCGGCCUCUCGAUAUCCCCGUGACGCACAUGCAGCUGGGCACUUUCGACUUUGCGGGCUUCACCCCGGCCGCCAACUCGCGCCUGCUCCACCAGCACGGUCUGCUUCCCGCUCCCGAGGACGCCGACGCUCUUCCGUGGCCCGACGCUGCGCGCCACGUCUACGGACGGAACUUUGUGUCCCAGUCCGGCUCGGCCAUCAGCGCCGGCCGGAUUAAGGGGCUGCGGGGAACAGCACUGCGGGAAUUCCACAACGCCGUGUUUGACGUGAUCGACGGGUCCAUCACCAGCGGGACGGUGCGGGUCGGAUUAGGCGCUAGUGUGUAUGGCUUUGUUGGGCGGUGGGUGCCGCGGGGCCUGGUCGCGUGGAUGAUGGGCAUUAGGAGGGCUGAGCUGCCCAUGUGGCAGGGGAAUAACGGGUCUUCGGCGUUCGGCAGCCCUAGGUCGGCAGGCAGUGAUGGGGAAGGAGAGACUGGGAGUGGAUCGUUCGUCACAGUGCCGCCUCUGGCGACGGCCAGCGAAGUAAAUGUUUGGAAAGAGGGUUGAAGAGAGUGGUUUGUGGCAGAUAGUGGAUUUGUAGAUAUGCAUGGAAUGGCACGGGAACACCUCGCUCACUACGCAGGCCUACUCCCUUCUGGAAGAGACAGACCAAUAUCUGGUUAAGGCAGUAAUAUACUGCAACCCCAAACG